GUUACGAAAAUGUCUGCAGGUGAUUGAUUUUGCAGGUAAAAUCAGUUAACUAUGUAAAACUUACCUUGGGACAUCAUGUGAAGAAGAAGAUUGCGAGGUUCCUUAUCCUUACAAAUUCCGUCCAGAAUUAUGCCGACUUCUGAGAGGCAAAGUUCACCUGAACAAGAAGGAAAGAACCUCAACAACCUCUUACACCUAAUAAAUACACCUGCCAGUAAACAGCAGCUUCCGUCCAUAGAACUAUCCUCUAGUCCUUUAACCAAACAGACACCAUGGCCUCUACCUCAACCCAAAUCAGGUGCUCAUCAACUGCAGUCUACAGAAUCAGUUGCUUUAGAGAAGUUUAGAUCAAGGUACCAGUCAGAGAGAAACUUCAGUCAACAUCCACAGAGUACAAAGUUUUCUGAAGUGUUCACAGCUUUAAUCAAGUACAGACUCUGUUGCGAAGAAUGGAUUAUUCAGGCUCCACCAAAGAACAUAUUCCUUCUUUUAUCCUGUCUCAGAAUAUUAAUGAGAGAUCUUACUUAUCAGAAACAGUUUUAUCAGUUAAAUGGUCUCAAAUCUCUAUCAGAUCAUUUCCAAAAGGCAACUCAGAGUUACCUAAGAUAUGGAGAAAGUCCCUACAUUGUUGAUAUUCUUAAAGAAAUGUCAAACAUUAUUCAGAAGAUAUCUGCCAUUGGAGAACAGAGAGAAUGGUUAAUAGAAUAUGAAGCACACAAUUCCUUAGUUUUACUGCUCCAUGCCAGUGAUGUUAUAGUUCUACAUUGCUCAUUGUAUGCAUUGAUUGGAUUGGCUCAAAGCUCAAAACCAAGGCAAGAAAUAGGAAUGCUGAACUGUAUAGAAAUAUUGUUGAUAAUAGUACAAGAGUAUGAUAACUUGUCCAAAAAAUUGGCAGCUAAGCUGUUGCAGUUUAUGUGUCAAGAUACUCUGUCACGAGAUAGUGUUAUGAUACAUGAUGGGAUUCCUAUUUUACUCAGUCAGCUACACAGUGACAAUGUUAACUUAUUAUGGCAUGUCGUUUGGUGCUUAGCUCAACUUUGUGAAGAUCCUGUUGCCAGCAAAGAAAUAAGACAGAUUGGAGGCAUUCCUCUUCUACUUUCUCUUUUGCAUGAUAGAACUUUUGUAACAGAGAGAAUGGAGAACAGUGAAGGACCAGCUAGUGCUGGAGCUCACGGGAGGACACCUGUUGUUGAUGAUGCUAUAUGGGAGACAAUAUUUACAAAACCUCGAGGAAUGUCGAAGUCAGAAGAGUUGAUGGAGAUACAGUAUUCAUUAAAAUCUGCCAGUUGUGCAGCGUUAAUGGAACUAGUCUUGAAUGAUGCUAACGGUCAACAUAUAAUACUGGCUAACGGCUUAUACUACCUUGGACUGCUUAUUCUUCCACCGUGUAAACAAUGUGUUGGAAAAGAGAGAAAAUGGGCCAAAAAUCUUCAGAGAAAUGCAUUCCGAGCAUUGAGAUUCACAUUCAGUAUGGAGAGGAAUAGACGUUUGUUUAAAAGACUUUUCCCUCCUGAUUUAUUUGAUAUGUUUAUAAGUGUUGGACAUUAUAUAAAAGAUCUGUCAGCUUAUAAAUCUCUGGUAGAGAAAAUCAACAGUUAUCGGGCUGACAUUGUUGAAGAUAUAAAGACAAAUAUAAUGGAAACGAACCAUAAUAGGACACCAAAUCGCUACAUUGGGGAUUAUGCUGUGUUUGAACUGUUGGGGUCAGGAGCAUUUGGUUCUGUGUUCAAAGUAAAAAAACAAGCGGCAGGGCAACAGUUCUUAGCUUUAAAAGAGAUCAAUAUUGACAAUCCAUCAUUUGGUAAGAACAGUCUAGAGAGAGACCAAAGUGUUGGUGAAAUUAUGAAUGAAAUAGCUAUCAUUAAAGAGCAGAUGAAACAUCCUAAUGUGGUCAGGUUCCUCAAGACCUUUGUGGAGAGUCAGAAGUUAUACAUUGUAAUGGAGUUGAUAGAUGGUGUUCCAUUAGAGGAACACCUUAACAAUUUGAAGGAUAAGAAUGAACUUUUUGCUGAAGAUAGAAUUUGGAAGAUACUAAUGCAGAUGGUGCUUGCACUGAGAUACCUGCACAAAGAAAAAGGAAUUUUACACAGGGAUUUGGCUCCAAAAAAUAUCAUGUUAGGUGAAAAUGACAAAGUUACAAUUACUGACUUUGGAUUGGCCAAACAGAAAAGGAGUGAUUGUAGUAAAAUGACUUCAGUAGUUGGUACUAUUGUAUAUUGGUGCCCAGAAAUAGUGCAGAACCAACCUUAUGGAGAGAAGGCUGAUGUUUGGGCUCUAGGAUGCAUUCUGUAUCAGAUGUGUAUGUUAAAGCCUCCAUUCUACAGUGAUAACAUGUUGUCAUUAGUUACUAAGAUAUGUUCAGCAUCUUAUGACCCAAUUCCAUCAGGAACUUAUACAGAUAGGCUAAUAAAUGUGGCUAAAACUUGUAUUUGUGAGUCACCAGAGAAACGUCCAGAUAUUGUUGAAGUUGCUAGCACAAUGGCUGAUAAACUCAUGGUACAUAUAGAUAGUAUGGCCACACAACAAUCCACUAUGGAGAAAAAGUUAGAAAAAGAGAGGAACAAAGCUCAAAGACAUUAUUUUGAAGCUAACCAGAAUAUGCAGAAUUAUCAUAGAUUAUUUGUUUUGUCACAAGAACGUUAUGACCGUCUGGCCAAUUUAGCAGGAAGUGGCGGGGCUUCAGACUUGAAAGAUGCUGAAAUAUUAGAUCCAGCUUUUGUUGAUAUUGAAUUACUGAGGAAUUCUGGAUGUAACUCACAACUUAAUCAGGAUCUUGAUGACAAUGAAAGAGUUUCAGGCUGGACAAGUGAUGAUGAUGACAGUUAUAACAGUAGUGAAAAUGACAGUCGAGAAAAUAGUGCUGGUAGUCAGAGAUCCCUUGACCGCUCAAGUCUAUAUGUCACUCAUCAGCUUCCUAAACCACCAAGAUCUCCUAAAGUAUUUCAUGGAGGGAAAUUAAAGAAAUCCAAAUCUUCAAUAACACCUUUAAACUUAGAUAUUCCGUGGAAAAGUAGUCGUGAUUCAGGACUUAGUUCUGGUGACCCAUCACCUAAUAACAGUACAAACACAAGUACAAUUGUUUCACUUGAUCCUCUUGUCAAUGGACAUCUUCAGGGAUUAUCACUUAAAAAGUACCAUCGCUCAAACAGUAGUCCAGCAGUCAAUGUCAUACGUUCUAAUAAGAAAAAAGUUAAACGUCCAAACAGUGCUAAUACUCCAACAUUGACAAUUUCACAGAGACGUGUUAGACAAAUAAGUGACCCAAUUCUACAGAUGUUGCAUCAGCUUCAUAAAAUACUAUAUAUAACUCAGUUACCCCCAACACUGAGACCUCACACAAAGAGGAGAAUGAUUGAACGAUUUAAGAGAGCAUUGUUUGCUUCUCAUAGUACAACGUUUAAUUUGAAAAGUGAAUUAAAAAAGUUGAUGUGUGGAUCAAGGGAGGUAAUUGAUUUAAACUUAGGACCAGUAGAUAGCGGAAGUCGUUCUAGUUCUACCAGUUCGCAGGACAAAGAAAAUAUGUCUGAUGGAGAAACAAGGGGAAUAGAUAGACUUGAAACAAAUCAGUGUGAUCCUGAUAACAGAGACGGUGGUGUCACUUAUGAACAGAUGCAAUAUAUGAUUGAAAGUGUACUGAAGCAGUGUGGAUAUUAUAAUGUCUCUCCAAGUACAAGGGAGAGAACUCCUCCACUUGGACCAAUCAGAUCCGAAAUUACCAACAGUAGACAUUUUGAAACUCCUAGGUAGCAGUUAUCAUUGGUGUUACCAUAGAAACAGUAGACAUUCUGAACCACCUAGGUAGCAGUUAUUAUUGGUGUUACCAUAGAAACAGUAUUACAUAGUGAGAAAAGCAUUAGAUUUUCUGUGUGAAUGAGUUUGAUUGAUAAGAGAGGAAAGUAAUUUAUUCUUCGUCAAGAAAUUGUGCAAUGACUUAUGUCCGUCCAUUCAGUUUUAACUAUGAUUCCAUCCAGAAUAUAAUAUAUGUAUCCCGUCCAUUUGUUUUACAUGGCAACAGUCAUUCCAUUUUAUUUUUACAUUCCAUUAUUAUAAGCAUAUUUAUAUUUAAUCAUACAUUAAUCAUUCUGUCUCAUUUUAACUUUAUAUAUUAAUAAUGAAUUGCUUUAUUUAAGAUAAAAACAUUCUUUUACAACAAAUAAUUUGUCAACCCAGUGAAAUAUUUGCUAAUAUUAAUGUAAAUGAUAUUUAUUUUGUUUAAACAUAAGUUUGUCUUCAAAGACUUCAAAUUAGUUUUUUUUUUAAGUUUGACUUUUGGGUUUUAAAGGAAAGUAACAAUCUUAUCAUUUUGUUGUAGAAAACUAUUAAGUAAACUUGUCUAAACAAUCACAUUUUCAACUACUGUUUUUUUAUGACAAGGAAGAUUUUAAUUUUCAAAGAUUAAAUAUCUGCUUUAUUCUAAAACAUGUUUUUUUCAAGUGAAAUUAAUACUUCAAAUAAUUGAGGGUUAACAAUUUAAGAAAAAUAUAUUGAAUAAAUAUCUCUGAAUAAUUCUUUUAUGGCAUUAUGGCUUAUUUGAGGGUUAUAAAUAUAUUGAUGCAAAUUUCAGGAGUUGAAUAAUUUGGUUUCUCUUAGAAUAUAUACAUUUUUAUGUUAAAUAUUUUUAGUGUCUUUUCACCACUAUUUUUUUUAUUUGUUUAUCUUUUAUCAUAUUUUUUUAAGUUUCAGAUAGAUAGUUUCAGUACAAGCUUAAAUUCUGGAAAAUAAUCAUAAGGAUGAAAUUUUAAGAAAUGAGCAUUUUUUGAAUUGUGAAGUUUUGAUAUGGUUUUAUUUGAUUAUGAGAGUAUUACUUCUAUUGAUGUGUUAAAUUAUGAUGAAAAUGAUCAAAUGAUGAUAAAUAAAUAUUGAGGAAAUUAAUAGAAUUGAUCAAAUCUUAACAAAUAACCUGAACAUGUUUCCUAUUGAAUAUAAAAUCGAUAUUAGGUUAUACAUUUUGGUCAUGUGACCAGUGAAGUUAUAUUUAUUUGUAAAUACAAAGUAAUUUAAAGUAAUUAAUUGUUAUUAGAUUAAAUAAUUUAUUGAUUGUUUUAAUUGAAGAUAGAUUUAUUAUAGUAAUUAUUUAUUGUAGGUUUCUGUUAAACAGAAGUAUUUAUCAUACUGGUAUACCAUUCUUCCAUUGUAGUGUUGUGAUAAUGUCUUUAGUAUGACAAUAGUGCUUCUUUCUUGUUUUGAUACCAUUUACCUCUCCAUUAUACAUAUAUAAAUACAGUCAUCUGCUUUUAUUCCUCAUGUGUCCAUUUAAAUAUUUGGACAAUGAACUGUCCCAUUGAAAGUAUACUUGGAUCAUUUGUUUCUUCAGGUAAAUUAAUCAGUGAGUGAUGGAUAUCUCUCAAGAGAAAUUAAAAUGUCCCCAUGAAUAAACUCCACUGAGAACAGUAGCUAUUGUAUUCUUUCAAUGGAACAGUUCAAUAUCCAAAAAUUUAAAUCAACAAUAAAAGAUUUCACACAUUGUUGUGCAUCAUGUUUUUCUUGCCAUAUCUGUACAUUUUUAUUCUAUUUAAAUGACUUUUGUUUUAAAUUAUUCCAUGCAAAAAAACCCACAUUUUUGGACAGAGGUGAUACAUAUACAUGUCCCUCUACUACAAAUGUAAUAAUGAUUUAUUUUAUGUAAUAAGUCUUUUAUUCAUCAUUAAUUGCUGUACAUGUUCAAUAAAAGAUGUAAAAUGAAUUAACAAAUAUAACAUGGUAAAGAUUAAGGCAAAUUUAGUACCUUAAGGAACUACAAUUUAAACAUGGCCUCUCAUCUUUUACAGAGUUUAUAAUCAAAGUAUUGUUAUGUCAUUUAUAUGUAUGUGACUUGUAAUACUUUCUACACACAUUUAUACGUAUGUGACUUGUAAUACUUUCUACACACAUUUAUAUGUAUGUGACUUGUAAUACUUUCUACACACAUGUAUAUGUAUGUGACUUGUAAUACUGUCUACACACUGUUAUUUUUACAUGCAGUUUUGUUUUGUUUUCAACAAUUACAUAUUCUAAUUCAUUACCAAUUAUCAUUUCACUAUCAUUAUUGCCAUUGUUGCCAUGGUGAUCAUAUUAAGCCACUUUAAGUACACAUUCAUCAUUGAUUUCUUUGAUUUUAAUUUUUUCUUGUUCCAUUGCUAUGGUGAUCAUAUUAAGUCAGUGUUCAGUUACCAGAAAUCUGUCCGUUAUUUGCAGUGUUCAGUUACCAGAAAUCCAUCCGUGAUUUGUCCUAUUCAAUUUUUUUCUUUAUUGUACUAUUUCUAUGGUUAUCAUAUUAAGUCAGUGUUCAGUUACCAGAAAUCCGUCCCUGGUUUGUCCUAUUUUAAUUUUUUUUUGUCUUGCACUAUUUUUAUUUUUUUUAAUCCCAAUCUUUUGUUGUUUGUGUAAUGUCAGAAAUCCAUCCAUUUUUUGUGUCAUAUCAGAAAUCCAUCCAUUUUUUGUGUUAUGUCAGAAAUCCAUCAGUUUUUAAUAUAUAUAUUAUAUGUUCAUCUGAUUUAAAUUUUUGCAUGAAUAUUUGUUCUUUCUUUUUUUUGUUCACCUGCUCACCUGACUUUAGUUCUUGACCUCUGACCUCUGACCUCUGACUUCUGUAUACGUUAUGAAAACAUUCCCUGUGUUGCAGUCAGAUUUUCAUUGUAGAGAUACUACAUGAUUUAAUUUUUUGAUGUAUAAACUAACAUUCACUGACUUAAGCUUAUUAUUGAAUAGAGAACAUAAUAUGUCUGAAUCAUUAAAGACGACAUAAAAUGGCAGAAUCAAGAAAGACAACAUAAUAUGUCAAAAUCAAGAAAGACAACAUAAAUUGUCAGAAUCAAGAAAGAUGUCAUAAUAUGUCAGAAUCAUGAAGGAUGACAUAAUAUGUCUGAAUCAUGAGAGACGACAUACUAUGUCAAAAUACUUAUAUGCCUGAUGAGAUGAUUGAGUCAGUAUUUCACCAUUGUUUAUACUAUUUCAAGUUUGACAAUUGAUAAUAAAGAAUAUAUAAAAUCUU